GUGGACGUUUAGUAUGAUUGAUUUUCUCGAUUCGGCCCGGGGGCCAGCUGUUUGCUGCACCGACUGCAUUGCGCCUGCCUGAACUGAAUGCACUUGUAAAAAAAAAACUACCCAAGACCUAGCCCGGAUUUAAAUCUAUCCAGUCUGCCCUCAGCCGCCACCAUGGCCACUAUCGAUAUGAGAGUCUACGACGAAAUUGAAGCUCUUGAAGCUAUACUGAUAGAAGACCUUGCUGUUAAGCAUGAUGAAGGCGUGCCGAUAAUUGAGACGGUGAUACAUCCGUCGACUGGUGAUCAAAUCGAUCUGCAAUAUGUAUGCGUGACGCUGGUGGUCAAGUUAACCCCAGACUACCCUGAAACUAGCCCGGAGGUGUUCCUUAAGAACUCUCGAGGACUUGACGAUACGCUGCUGUCUGAUAUCGAUUUGAAAAUAAAGGAGAAGUUAGAUAGACAUGUUGGAAAUCCAAUUGUUUUCGAAUUGAUUGAGAUUGUCCGUGAGUAUCUGACUAAAUGGAACUUGCCAAGCGGACAGUGUGUUAUUUGCCUCCAUGGCUUUGUCAAGGGUGAUGUGUUUAUAAAGACACCAUGCUACCACCACUUCCACAGCUACUGCUUGGCGAAACACUUGAUUAACAGCGAGAAGUAUUAUAUGGAAGAAUUUGAGAAGCUGCCUAACUGGCAGAGGUCCCAAUCGGUACCGUUCCAGCAAACAUGCCCAGUUUGCCGCUGCUCCAUAUCUUUCGAUGUGAACACUCUGGAAGAAGCUCCGCAACCGAUUGAAUCUAUAAAUGCUCCACCAUUUCGCUUGACUGCCGAGUUGAAGGCUCUGCAGGCGCGCAUGUCGGCGAUGCUGGCGCGCCAGGUGGAGCGCGGUGGGGUGGUGGGCUCCGGGGACGACGGGCCGCCGCUGCUGACCAUUUCCACUGCCGCGGACAAGGAGGAGGCAAAAGGCUCCACCAGCGUCGCUCAGCGAGAGGCGAAUGUUGAGCGCGUCGUGCCCAGCACCUCCACUGAUAAUACACCGGAUCAGCCCUACCGCGGCCCAUACCGCGGGUUCAACCGGCGCCCCAAGCCGGGCCGGCGCGGCCGCGGCGGUGCGCGGUGACCCGCCUACCGCGCACGAGCCCCGCCCGCCGCCUAGCGCUCCACUCCGCACCUUGACGAACCGGCUCAAUCCGCUUUUCAACGGUCACCGAUCUACCUCCCCGACACUCCCUGCCGCGCUCUCGGCUCACGUCCGCCGACGCUCGUCCUCCGGCCUCGGGUGAGUCAGUCGGCACCACGUGACCGGGAUGCGCCCGGCCGCCCGGGAAAUUAUCGAAUCGAGUCCGAAUCGAUAAUCGAUUUUCUAUAUCGAGUUAUUGUUUGUCGAAAUCGGAUUCGCACUUUAAUAGAUGUACGCAUUUGGAAUAGUGCCGGGAUUUGGAUGUUUACUUUUAAUGUCUGUGUGGUAGCUCGAUGCCGGAUCGACUGCGGUUCGUACGAGUCGAAAACUAUAUCGGAACGUAAUGAAUUGACGGGAUCCGAGCGAUUUUUAGACGUGUUCAUAUUUUAUAUAGACUCGAAUAAAAGCUUUAAAAAUAAACAACCAAAUUUCCUAAAUUCGAUAAAUAAUUUCCCGAUGGCGAAUCAAAGAUUUGUGGCAUCGAAAUUCAUAUAUUUGUAUGUGUCAGAAUUUUUUAUAUGUACAGGGUCCUAUAUUUUGUUGACCGACCAAAGUCGGGUUAUAUACUCGAGACUGACGAUUUACCCUAGUUCACUAAACGCUGCUAGUUUUUUUACUAAACGUACUCCGUGCCAUACGAGCUACAUUCUAUUAAAUUGCAUAUUCCUCAGAAGUAAGCAACGAAUUUAUUUGCUAUUUACAACUAUACAUCGUGAUUGUUUUGCGUAUUUAUAAAAAAAUAGCUUUAAUUGCAUCAGAUGACAUGGAUUUUUAUUAUCAAUACUUCUGAAAAAAUAUUUUAGACUAAAUACUACACUAACAGCUACAAAAAGAAAUAUUAAAUCAAACAACAAAUUCGAAACUCAAUGAGCAUGAUGUCAGAAAUUGAUAACCGAUAUUGAGUCUAAUAAUCAUAACAUUGAAAGGAUAGACAUAUUUUUUUGUUUUGACUGAUGAAUUUUGGAAUCAUAUUGAAGAUAAAAAAUCGAUUUAUUAUUACUAUGGUAACUAACGUUUAAAACUGGUUCCGGCUACAGAUGGUUACACACAGUCGAGCCGCAACCAGCGAUGGCUGAGAAGUAAAAAGAGUUAGUCUUAUGAUCAAAAUGAAUUUAUUAAGACUAGUUUUGACCCACUCUAGAAUAUUAGGCUUUUUACCUUUAUAUUGCUUUCCAUAAUAUUAUAUAAAAACUAACAAUAAUAUAGAGCAUAAUAUAAAAUAUAUUAUUGCCAUUAAAAAGGCUUAAGUACUCACCCCCCCAUUCCCCAAAAUUUAUUUUGUCUCAAUAUAUUUGCAAUUCAUGUGCCGAUCACGAAAGUAACAAUUUUGGCAUUUAGUUGAAUGUGAAAUUUAAAAAGACAAUUUCGAGUUUGUAUACAAAAGGCCCAUGUAAUGUAAAAAUUUCGAUACCACAAAUAAAUCCUCAAAAUAUCCAAAAAAAAAGUGUCGUUAUUGUAAGAUGAGUUUGAAGUAAAUUAUAAAAAAAUCAAAAAAAAAUGUAACUCUAUCUUACAAGAUCGUUGCUAAUCCUGACGAACGGUGAUCGAUAAUUGAAAAAUAGGUUCAGCCUCGGAAGACGGUGGGGCGGCACAAAACCCUCAAAUAAUAGUCAUUCAUUGUACUCCUAGAUAUCACACUCCUGUGACGAUUCUAGUCAACCCCUAGAUUCACGUACUAAAUGUUAAAUGUUUCAAUGUUCGUCUCGGCGCCUUCGCUGAUUAAGCUAUCGACUAUGUUCAAUUUAGGGCACCUCGCUUAAUAUAUAUACGUAAUAUGUGUAGACGUUAACUUAUGUAGAUAUUUUAAUUGGUGAGGAGGGCUAGUGUGUGCCCAUGUGGAUAUCACCCAUCUACUCUGCUCUGUUCCGGUUUGAAGGGAAAACUUCUUACCUCCCAAAGAUAUUGGCGCAAUGGCGAUAUAAGGAUUGUUUAAUAUUGCUUAUAUCGCCAAUGUUUAUAGGCGGUGGUAACCAAUAGGUGCCCAUUUGCGAGCCAACAUAAAUUUACCACCGUAUUCGACAAUUUUGGCUCAUUGUGUUUAUCAAACGUUGAAUAAGUUGGACUAAAUUGCGAGUAACAUCUUGCUUGCUUCUAAUAAUUCGUAUGUAAACUGAACAAUGUUAAAAUGACUUACACAAAUGUUGCUAACAUUAGCGUCUAUACCAUAAAGUAUAAACAUUAAUUGAGGAACGCCAUUUUAAACUUUUGUCUUUAUAUUAAAAUUUAUAUUUGAUUCAAUUAUAAGUGUUUUUCAAGUUCUAAAAUUUAAAAAAGGAUAGUAAGUGAAGUAUAAUUGGUGAAAUAUGAAUGGAAUUUUCUUUGAUAUUAAAAUGUUUAAUGUUUACUCAAUUUGGGAACGAUUCUUCAAUUAUUCCUAACAAAAAACGGGUAUACUACUGGCGAUGUAAUAUUUGGUAAUAUUAUUUUUAGACAUUUUUUCUAUUUAUAGUACAUAUUUAAUUUGUUAAUUCUAUUUUGAAUUAUAAUUUAUUAUAAAAGACACUGACUAUUAUUUUCUUUAAAUACAUUAAUGUUUUGUGUCAAAUUGUUUUUUAAGAAUUUAAUAUGUUUUAGAUUUUAUAGUUAUGUUUAUUUAAUGAACUUUGCAGCUACUUUUUUAAAUUUAGGAUAUUUAGUGUUUAAAUGACUAUUUAUUUAUAAUAUAAUACAAGAAGUUUAUUAUGUUAUAUUAAAAAUUUAAAAAUACAAGUGUUGCAAUGCUAUUUGUAUUCUUGCCAUAUAAAUUAAUUGAAGCACAUACACACAUGAAGUAUUAAUAUUGUUAUUACAUUCCAUUGUAUUAGUUUGUAAUAAUAAAUUUGUUAAAUUUUAUUCUCAUGACGCGGGCGAGUUUUGGGUGAUGGAAAUGUACUUAAUGCUUGUAUUGUUUUCUAUAAUUAUCCAUGUUUUUGAAAUAUCAUUUGAAUCUCUGCUAUCGCUUAUAACUAGUAGGUAAUUUUGAAAUUAUUAUCGUGUAGAAAUGUUAAUAUACUUAACAGUAAAACAUUUGACUUUCUCAACGAAAUAAGUGUUUUAAUGUUCAAGUUUAUAAAGUAGUAUAGAACAUUAAAUGUCUAUAUGCGUCAUAAACGCUUCUCUUCAUAUUUACGUAAAACGUGUAUCGGUAUAUUGUCAGUUUUGUGUCAUUUUAUCUGUGUGUAGAAUUUGAUGGAUCAAUAAACUUACCAA